AACAGAAGAAACAAAAACCAGAAACUGUUGCUUUCUUGCACGCACGUUCUCUUCUAAAAUGAAAUAACCCUUCAAAAGGGGUGGCUCAGUGUUCACUUCGUUACGUUCUGUUCCUUUUCCGUCGCUUUCUGUUGAAGCACCCUUUUUGUUUAUGAAGCUCUGUUGUCAAAGUAUAAAACAAAGGUGCGUUAUUUUCAGAAUUUUAUCAUCUGGGCCGUGCAAGUUUUCUCCCAUACGCUAGUGGGUUUGCUGAAAAAUGUGAUUUUGGUGGGUUAUUGAGAUGGGUUUUUCGGAACAUGCUCUGAUCUCUUCCUCUGUCUCUGUUGCUUUGUCUUGGAUUGACUUCGUUUUAGUGUUUUUUUUGCUGGAAAAUGUUUCCUUGGCCGUUACGGUUGCUGGGGGUUCUGUAGUUUGAAGAAUCGGCAUAAGUAUUUUUCCCCCGAUCUUCUUCUGCAUAGUUCAUUUCCCGUCCGAUGGCUAAGGAAAGUGUUGAUUUACCACUGAUUCCAAAAGUAACUAUGUCAAGUGGGGUUGCAUUAAGAAGGCACUCUGCUGGAAUAGCAAAUUCUGGAAAUAAUGAAAAGAAAGUUGUUGUUCCUCUUUAUCUCAGAGCAUCUACUGGCUCCUGUCAUGAUUUUUGUAAAUAUGGGAGGAAGAAUGUGGAAGAAGGAAGGGAGAAACUCUCCAUGAUUAAGAGAGCCGGAAGAAAAUCACUUUCCCGAAGUUCAGAAGGCAUUAUUGGUGGGAUAAUAACAUCAGUUGCCAAUCAAAAAGCAUCACUUGAUUCGAAGCCAACAAAGAUGUUAACAGUGAAACAUAAUGAAUCAGUUGAUUCUAAGAUCCAGAUUUCUGAUGCUUCUGACACAGAUAAGAUGGAACUCCCAACAAAAUCAUCUGGCAGCCAAAAACAAAUGGGGAAUAAAGUUCUGGUGAACACAAGCAAAGCAUCAUUGGUCAGGGUCAAACCAUCAUUCCUUCCAAAAUCACAUAUUUCUUCAAUCCCCGAAGCAAGGAGAGGGGGAAUUUUUUCAAGUUUUGAGGUGGAAGCUCUAUCAAAACCAGCUUCCAAAAGGGUGGAAGCUUCACCAACAGCAACUUCUGAGAGGGUGAAAACUCAUCCAAAAUCAACUUCUCAAAUGGUCAAAACUUCACCAAAAUCCAUGUUCAAGAUGAAGCAAACUUCAUCAAAGUUGUCUCCUUUUGAAGAUAAAGAAAUGGAGUUGUCUGAUAAGCAUGUGACUUCUUUGAAUCCAGAUUUCGUCACAAUGCAGACCAUAUCUUCUGUGAAUUAUUCUGAUGUCUUUGGUGGCCAAAAGAAUAGUAAGAUUAAGAUGAACAAGAAAGAAGCCUCACCCAAAUCUUCUUCCAGAGGAAUUGGCAGUGUUAGUGCAAGAAAGCACAAGGGCCUGAAAAUCGUGCCUCAUCUUAUGAAUCAACCCAAGCCUAUAAAAGUUGAACUUGAGGAAGACAACAAUGAGGCUCAGGAAAAGACUUUGUAUGUCAUCAAGAUGGAAAGUGCAAACCAAAGUUCGCUCUCUGAUCAAAAUGAAAGCCAGGCUAUCGAAUUACCCCUUUCUAAUUCAUUGUCAUCACCCAAGUUUUCACCCCCCUCAAAAUCUCAAUCCUCGUCCCAAGAAGACCAAGAGGAAUCUGAAUAUGCAAAUAGUGAAUUUGAGGAGGAUGCUUGUCCAGAGAACCAUGAAAUUGAUUACAUGGCUAAUGUGGAAACUUUGGAAGUUGAAGAGAAUGGAAAGCCUCAAAAUGAUGGGAUUGUUUGUUCUGAAAACAUCGAGUGCCAAAAUUUAGGGAGGAAAUUGGUUGAAACUCAAAUUGAAUAUACUGCUUAUGUGGACACUUUGGAAGCUGAGGAGAAUGGAAAGCCUCAAAAGGAUGGGAUUGUUUGUUCUGAAGCCAAGGAGUGCAAAAAGUUAGGGGGAGAAUUGGUUGAAACUCAAAUUGAAAAGGGUAGUCUGAGGAGCCUUAAAAUCCAGAAAGGAAAAGUGUUGGGGGCGAGCGUCACUAAUGUCAAGGCUGUUGCUAUAACUGCUCCAGAGAAGGUUGUUUUGAGACGUCAAAAUGUGCAGGUCAAGAAAGAUGGACAAGGAUUGUACAAUAAUGUGAUUGAGGAAACAGCAACUAAACUUGUUGAAACUCAGAAGGGCAAGGUUAAAGCACUGAUUGAUGCCUUUGAAGCUGUAAUCUCUCUUGAAGAGAAAAGAACUUCUGCUGCAAACAUUGUCAAUUGAUCUUGGUAGACUUUUUCUAGAUUUCUCUUAUUUUGUAAAGAAAUGGUAGGAAAAUAAAUCCAAGCUUGUGGCAGUAAAUGUGAGCCAACAGGCUGAUUGUUCAGCUGAAAAUAUAGAUAAAUUUGUCUUGUGUCUUGUCUGUAGAAGACCUUGUUGUGUAGAGUUGAACGGGGGAUCUUGUAUUCACCACCACUCUUGUGUGACCAUAUACUCAUCAUUCUGUUCUUCGAAACUUAGACCUGUUGUUAUUGAUUUUUAUCUUUUGAAUAAAAAAAUGAUAGCAUGGAUUUAGCAUU